AUGUCUCUAUAUCGCAUCGGCGUCGAUGUUGGCGGAACCAACACCGACGCCGCUAUUCUGGAUAUCAAGGCCCUCGACCAACCCGGACGCGGUGUCCUGGCGUCGUACAAGGCCACGACUACUCCUGACAUCACAAGCGGCAUAGAAGCCGCCAUCAGGGAGGUGCUAACACGCUCAAAGGCUGAGAAGAGCCGCAUCCUCAGUGUUACAAUCGGAACGACACAUUUUAUCAACUCUCUCAUCGAGGCAGAUGCGAGGAGGUUGGACCGAGUCGCCGUUUUCCGGUUGUGCGGCCCCUUCACAAAGCAGAUUCCCCCCUUUUCGGAUUUCCCACUUGGUCUACGUGGAAUUCUCGAUGGAGGCGUCCACUACUUGGAUGGAGGGCUGGAGAUGGAUGGACGAGAGAUUGCCCCUUUGAAUCCAGAACAAAUCCGUGAGGCCGUAAAAUCAGUCGUUGCUGCUAGCAUCGGUGCCAUUGCUCUCGUUGGCAUUUUCUCACCGCUUGAUCAUCAUGGCAUCCACGAAGAGCAGUGCAGGCGCAUCAUCCUCGAUGCUGCCCCUGAGCUACGCGUAGUCUGCUCCCACGACAUUGGACCUACGGGUCUUCUCGAAAGAGAAAAUGCCACAAUUCUCAAUGCCGCUAUUCUAAGGACGGGAGAGAAGGUUAAGCAUGGUUUUAAGCGUGCCAUGGCCAGCUUGCGGCUGACAUGCCCCCUGUUCCUUUCCCAAAACGAUGGCACCCUCAUCGACGUCGAAACAGCCGCCAAGUAUCCCAUCAAGACGUUUGCCAGCGGCCCCACGAACAGCAUGACUGGCGCUGCGUUUCUCGCCGGCCUCGAUAACAAAUCUCUACCAACUUCGAACGACACUCCCAACGCUGCAGUCGAGCCUCAGGUACUCGUGGUGGAUAUUGGUGGCACUACAACCGACGUGUGUGCUCUCCUGCCCUCCGGCUUUCCACGGCAAGCCCCCGGGUUCGUCGAAAUCGGGGCUGUCCGGACAGCUUUUUCCAUGCCGGAGGUUGUGUCUAUCGGGCUGGGAGGCGGGAGCAAGGUCGAGGUUGAAGAGGACGGCACAGUCCGUGUUGGUCCCGGCUCUGUUGGACACUUUCUCAAGAAGCAAGCCAAAGUCUUUGGCGGUUCCACACUGACAGCUACAGAUGUCGUGGUUGGUCUCGGCAAGGCGGAUCUUGGAGAUGCAUCUCUCAUCAAGGAUGUUCCGGAGCAAACUAUCAAUCUUGCCCGCAUGGAGAUCAAGAGGAAGCUAGAAAGAGUGAUCGACCAGAUGAAGGUGUCAUCUGCGCCGGUCCAUGUACUACUUGUCGGUGGUGGCGCUCUUCUAGUGACGGAAGAGCUGGCAGGAGUUGAUAAGUGUAUCCAUCCAAUUCAUCACGGGGCUGCCAAUGCCGUCGGAGCUGCCAUCGCUAAAGUUUCCGGCGAGGUCGACACUGUGGAGAUUCUCGGAGACAAGAAAGAAAAAGACGUUCUCGAUGCUGCAUGCGCGCGAGCCAUCAGCCUGGCAGUCGAGAAAGGGGCGUCUCCCGAUGACGUGCGCAUUGUUGAGGUAAACAAGAUGCCCCUGCAGUACAUGUCCCAAACCACCAUCAGAAUCCAGGUCCGCGCAGUGGGUAAGCUUGCUGUCCCUGACGAACCGACUCCGCCCCCUACUCCCCCACUUGGCGGAGAUCCAGAGUAUAAGGAGGAAGAGGUCGAAGGGGAGAAGGUCAGCGUACCGAAUGCCCUAGAGCCCACUACGAAGCCAUCUUUAUACGUGGACUUGGAGACAUACCGCCCAGACGUCCGAGAUGGUGUCUGGUAUGUCUCUGAAGUCGAUCUGGAACUUAUGUCUACGGGAUGCGGUGUUCUCGGUACUGGUGGGGGCGGACCUACUCACUAUGAAUUUCUCAAGGGCUUGCAUGCACUACGGAACGGGGGCCAGGGUAAGAUGAGGAUUGUUUCCCCUGCGGCAUUGAAAGAUACCGAUUCUGUUUGCUUUGGUUCGUGGUACGGCAGCCCGAGCGUAAUCAAUGAGCGACUAUCUGGUGGCAACGAGAUCCCCAGCGGCAUUGAGGCAGCAGCUAGGAUCGUAGGAAAGUCUAUUGAUGCACUGCUCCCGGAUGAGAUUGGUGGUGGUAACGGAUUAUCGUCGUUUCCUACAAGCGCCCACUUCGACGUCCCCAUCGUGGACGGUGAUGCUAUGGGCCGAGCAUAUCCUACAAUGUAUCAUGUCACCUUUAGUGUAUACGGCGUCUCGUUGGUCCCCUGUGUCCUCACAGAUGCUCGUAACAAUGUCAGCGUCGUUAUGAGCACUGAUACACCUGAGAGAUUGGAGACAAUACUGCGAACAACAGCCAUCGAACUUGGAUUGAGCUGCGCAGCCUGCUCUACUCCACUCUCUGGGUCGAUUGUCAAGCAGUACGGAAUCCCGAACACUUUGUCUCAGACGUGGUAUUUGGGCCGUGCUAUUCACCAGGCAAGAAGGCGGAAGACGAGUUACAUUGACGCCAUUUUCGCUGAGAGUGCUGGAAAGCUGCUCUUUAGUGGCAAAAUUGUCGAUGUGCGUCGCCAUCUUGGUGGAGGUUACACCAUGGGAGCCGUCAUCAUUGCGCCUCUCGACGACCAAGAGCGCGAUGCGAUGGCCGUUAGUAAACAACAAACAACAUCAAACAGCCGGCACAUGUAUAUUCCGUUUCAAAACGAGUAUCUUUAUGCUGCUCUUACUGAUUCCGAGGGAUCCGAAGCGACGCAAGAAGUUGUGUGCACAGUUCCAGACCUCAUUUCGAUUUUGGGACAGGAUGGUGAAGCGAUCGGCUCGCAAGACCUGCGAUAUGGGCUGCACGUCAAUGUCAUUGCUCUGCCCGCGCAUCCUCUUUGGAAGAGCGAAAAGGGCAUCAAGGUGGGCGGACCGGAAGGAUUUGGGUUCAAGAUGCCGGUUGUCGAGGUAGACAGGGAGUUUACUCAGGCGAGGAGCGUUAUUGACGAAUUUUCGACAUAG